AGCGUGCAAACCAGCAACUCGAGGCGGCCCUCCGGUGCACCACUCAAGCUCACCCCAACACUUGGAGUGACCAGUUGCCCUGGAUUGAAUACGCGCACAACGUCCUGCCGAAUGCCUCAUCGGGAAAGUGAGAUAGCCGUCCCGUCUGUCCAAGGCCACAUCGACCGUUGCUCCAGAGUCUGGGAACAAGCGCGCGCCGCUCUCCUCCGCGCCUCUGAGAGGUCCCGUACCCAGUCCGAUCGUCGCCGCUCGCCCGCACCGAUUUACACUGUCGGCCAAAAGGUGUGGCUCUCUUCCAAGUCCUUGCCCUUGAAGACAGGGUCUGUGAAGCUCACCCCCCGGUUCGUUGGGCCCUUUGAGAUCACGAAGGUGGUAAACCCCAACGCAGUGCGUCUCCGGCUCCCUGCACAUUACCGGGUCCACCCCACGUUCCAUGUCUCCCUCGUGAAACCGGUCUCCACUAGUCCCUUGGCCCCCCCUGUUCCGCCCCCUCCGCCGCCUCUGUCGGUCGACGGGGGUCCAGCCUUCCGGGUGGAGCGGCUUCUGGAUGUCCGCCGCCGUGGCCGUGGGCUCCAGUACCUAGUUGACUGGGAGGGCUAUGGCCCGGAGGAGCGGUCCUGGAUCCCUGCCCGGUGGGUGCUGUCGCGGGCGCUCAUCCGGGACUUCCACCGUGCCCAUCCUGGGCGUCUCCGUCGGGCGCCUGGUGUCGCCCGUAGGGGGGGGGGUCCUGUUAGGUCCUCUUCCCCCUCCUUCUGAGACAUGCCCACCUCCAGCAGGUGUGCAUGUUUUUAGCUGAUUGCAGGUCAGACGAGUGGAGCGGCCACAGCUGAGAGCAAUGAACAUCAGCCAGCUUUAAAAGCCCAGCAGACGCUCCACCUCGUCGCCCGAUCAACUCGUCUGGUUUCGCCGUCCUGUUCUCUGCGCGCUCCUUGUCGGAUUCUACGCCUGCCUCCUUCCGAGCUUCCACGCCUGCCUCCUUCCGAGCUCCCACGUCAGCUCCCCUGCUCCGCUCCCAGCAAUCUACACCCAAGACAGCCUUGUGACCUACAAUAAACGAUUGCUCAUUUUUUACCACUGUGUGUCCACUCUGGGAUCCCCUAUUGCUC